AUGUGCGACUCGUGGACUGACUACAGAUUCGAUUACAUCGCCCAAGACGAGCUUGAAGAAUUUUGCUCCUGCCAAGAGCCGGCGAUGAAAGCAAAGAUCGAGGAGAUUAUGAACAUCUCAAUUCUCGCUGCCGUUGGCGUCUCGAUCCUGAUGAUGAUCAUCCUCGUCUGCCUCAUCGUCAAGAAGCAAAAGAAUGAACCUCCACGAAGAAAGGUUGCUCUCAUCGUAGUGAUUUUGGUCUGGCUUUACUUCGUUUUUCGUCUUGUAAUUCAAGCCAUUGUCCAUGUUAUUACCAUCCGACACGCUCGUCAGCCAGAAAAUCAGCCACCAGCAACAGAACCGCCAGCAAGUCGACAAUCAGAAGCUCAUCAGCCACAAGGCAGCCUACCAGUACAAUCUCCUUCUCCUGAACUCGAGUGGGACGGUUCAUUUGACGCCUUGCCCCUUGACCUGUCCUCGACCGCUCCAAGAUCGAAUACCAAUCUCCUCACUCCGUCUUCUGCUUCCCCUGCUGCCAACAAUCCGACUACUGCGACACGCGAUCCGACGGUCAACUCUGCUGCUUCCGCUCUCAAUCUAACUCCUGCCCGUCAAACUGACAAUUCCGCCGCUCGCCUUUCUGCUCGCAAACCAAGUGCCGCUUCUUCAAUUGCUACGCCUUCAGUUUCGCCAGCAAACCCUGCCACUUCCGGCCUCCGAAAAGCUCCAAAGAAAACUUCCACCCGCCUUGCCGAGCCAAAAAUCACAAACAGUCAACCGACCUCCAUGGAAUGGAUCAGUUCGCACGACUUCCGCCGCGACAACAAAGACUCAAACCAAGCGAGACGUUGA